AUGAUUCUCCGUCGUCAUCAGGCUUCCAUACUCCAAGCCCCCAACCCCCCCGGCCCUUUCACAUCCACUAUAGACAUUCAUUCUAUCCAAAGCACGGUCGGUUACAUACACAUGCCCACGCCCACACCCAUGUCCGUACUCCGUAUCCGUAUCCGUAUUUCCAAUGCACUGUCCAAGUUUGCCCCUGUAGAGGGCGUCGUCGUUGUCGGAGAUUUUGUGCGGCAAUCUGCUGGUGCUGGUGCUGGUGCAGGCGCAGGGGCUGGGCUGGGCUGGACUGGAAGGAAAGUGGAAGGUGGAGGGGAAGCAGGUGUGUUUUUGUACAUUCGUCUAGGUAACUUUGCUCGAGUCGCCGAGCGUUGGGGUGGGGGGAGGGGGGUUGCGCGAGAGUGUUGGAAGGAGGGGGGUGGAUGGGGAAGUGGAUGGAUGGAUGAUUGA